GCCUAUAAAAUUGUAGCAUGCGUAAUAGAAUCCAGAUCAACUAUAACAGGUUAUAAAUUGUAAACGCACUUUAAUAUAAACCUACAUUUUACACUUAGGAUGAUUGAUAUCUGUUAACGACCUUUGUAGUUUUAUUUACGGACUUAUCAUAUUUAAAAUCAGGUAUAUGGAUUCUUUGGAUAUUAUUACAAAUGUUUUGUACGAGUUGGAUCAUAGCAAUUGAAUUUUGCUUAAGCAAUUAUCAGUAAAAAAAUUGAAACUCAAGCUGUGAUCAGUACUCUUUACUAUUUAAUAUCAACCUAUAUAAGUGACAUGAUUUUCAUUUUUUUAAUUAUGUUAUUUGAAAACAACUAUUUUUAAGGGAAUUUUUAUGCAGUUAUUGAUCCAAUUAAAAAACUUGUUAUCAAAUUUGAAUAUUAAAACUGGGCAAAUUCUAUUGAAUAUACUCUAGAUACAAAUGAAAUAUCCUGUAUAUACGAUCGAAAUUAUAAACCGGCUAUGAUUGUUUUAUCAGUAUCCUAAAGUUAACUAAAAGAAGAUUUAUAUGACAACAAUGACACUAAUGACAGUGCAAAUGUGUAUAAGGGGUUCGAAGGUUAGGUAUAGUACUUUUAAAUGAUAUUAUUUUAUUCGUUAGUCGUAACGGUAUAAAUUUUCGUGACAACGUUGUUCCAACCUUCCAUAGAAAGUAUUUUGUUUUACCAUUCCAAUCCUUAUUAUCAAAAAUGAACCCCGAAGAUUACGAAACGCUUCCUACCGACAAUGUAACAGCCCAUAUGAUUGCUGGAGCAAUUGCGGGUGUCAUGGAACAUUGUGUUAUGUACCCCCUCGAUUCGGUUAAGACGAGAAUGCAGUCUUUGGCUGCAACAGGAACUGAAGGUAUCGGAGAAACAUUAUUAAGAAUGGUCAGACAUGAGGGUCUUCUUAGACCUGUUCGAGGUAUGUCUGCAAUGGUUGUAGGAGCUGGUCCUUCACAUGCUCUAUAUUUUAGCAGUUAUGAAUUUUUGAAGAAUUAUUUUUCGAAACACUUUAAUUCAUUUCGAUAUGAUACGUUGAUUUAUGGAUCAUCUGGAUGCAUAGCAACAUUAAUACAUGAUGGUUUUAUGAAUCCCGCUGAAGUUGUGAAACAAAGAAUGCAAAUGACAAAUUCUCCUUAUACAUCAGCGCUAAGGUGUGCUGUAAAUACAUACAAAACAGAAGGUAUUAGAGCAUUUUAUAGAUCUUACACAACACAGUUAACAAUGAAUAUCCCUUUCCAAAGUAUUCAUUUUGUGGUAUAUGAAAUGUCACAAAAAGUUAUAAACAAAUCCAAAGUUUAUAAUCCAACAGCACAUAUGGUAAGUGGAGCAUUAGCUGGAGGAGUAGCUGCAGCUAUAACCACACCUUUGGAUGUGUGUAAAACUGUAUUAAACACACAACAAACCCCGGUCGGUAGUGGGAUGGUUGAAGCUAUUAAAACUGUGUAUCGAUUAAAAGGAUUAUCUGGAUUUUUCAGAGGUGUCCACGCAAGAGUAAUGUACCAGAUGCCAGCCACCGCUAUAUGCUGGUCAACAUAUGAAUUUUUCAAGUAUUCACUGAAAAAUUCUUCCGAUGUAAGAUUAGUGCCAGGAAGUACAAAUACUAAGGUAUCAUCAAAACCAAUAGACAUGGAAAUCAAACUAAAUAGUGACAAUGUUCGGAUAGACUCAAAUAAUGAAAAGUAUAAUUUAAAAGCUAGAGAACUACCCGCCAUGUCUGGAGCUGGAUUAUACAGUUCAAUUUCUUUUAAUACUAUGCAUGAAGCUGAUUACAGGCAGAAAGAUUCAUUUUUAGAUAUUGCUCAUACGUAGUAUAGAAAGUUGCUCCGACAUUUAUAUUGAUACAAUGUAUUAUUAUUAUUUUAUUUUACCAGUCAGAGUCGUUUUCUAAUUUCACAGAUAUUUAACAAUAAGCAAAUUUUUUUCAGAUUUGAGUUGAAGUAAAAGUAUUAAUAGAAACGAAAUCAGUGUCAUAUACACAAGCAGGCAAUUUAUUAGUGAUGGUGACUGAUGGUUUUUUAAGUCUAAACCCUUGCUGAAAUGGCCGAAAUUACAAAGGUGCAACUUAGGGGCUUAAGUGCAAUAAAAACCUUGAAAAUAAGUAUUUAUGUCAAUAAAUUAUAGAAUACAUUUAAAUGAUGUUUAUUUCAUUAACUAACUUGUUAGAUUGAGAAAAGAAUUAUUCUGUUUGAAACGGGUUUUAAGAAAUUUAUUGGUAAUGAGGAAUUUUGUUAACCUUGUAUGUUUCAAAGUAACUAUUCAAAAACUUUAUUGAAAAAUGUGUAAUUUAUUUUUUCUAAAUGCCGAAAAAAUUAGGCUACAACUCUAAAUCUAAAACUUCGAUAGUUUUUUAGAAACUAUGUAAAAUUUGGAUUUCCGUGUGGUUAUUAUUAGGAUUUUUUGGAAGAGUAUAAAGAAUUUGACAUUUGACUCCAUGACUCAGAUCAUCUACAAAUGUAAAACAAAUUUAAAUUAAAAUUAAAACAAAUUUAAAUCUAUCAAAGGCAAUGAAUGCAGCUUAUGCAUAAUUGUAAUACAGCAACAGUCGAGUAAUUAGAGCAACUAUGAGCAACUAUAGUAAAUGUUCAAACUGACUGCAUCUAGGUUAGGUUAGUAAAGGCAAUCUUGACCUAGAUUGAUCGUGGUUCACUCGGAGGCCUUCCAAACAUUAAUGGACCUCUUAAAAUUUCAGUAUGUGUGAACUUGAUUCUUAACAAUUCUUAUUAAAACCCUAUUGAUAAAUCAGACAACUCGGAUAAUCAAAAAUUUUCCUUUUUUCUAGUAACUACAAAAUAGUUAGAUAUAUAGUUGUAACCAUCAACUCCUUUAAAUAGUGUCACAGAUUUAUGAAGCUUAAGAUAAAUUAUAGUGUUUCUAGUUUUUUUCCAAAAAAUUAAUUGUAUUUUCGAAAAUUUUCAAUAUAACUAAAAACUGGAAUCUUUAAUAUGAUGAUAGGAACAAAGUUAUAUAGAAAUUUGUUGUCAAUUAACCUAACCAAAGACUACUGAAAACAUUUUAAUUCAAAUAUCUCGUUUACGAGUUCUAAAAAAAUAUUACCAGUAGUUUCUGAUUAUGUCGAUCAUUGUGAUAUACUUCGUGUGUGGUAAAAUUUAUUUGUGUCCAGGAUUAUCAAAAAAGUAUUGUCAAUAUAGAAAAAAAAAAGGUUUUGAAACAUUUUACAUACAAAAUUUUAUUAUACAACAAGGAAUUGUCGAAACCUUGUUUCUUAUUUGUUUAAAUUGUAUAUAAGAGUCAUUUAAUCAAAAUAUAAUAUUAAAGCAGUAUAUAGUAAGCGAACACUUCUGAAAGUACAUUUUUUGUAAACGGUCUUUAUGGUGUAAUCCCUACUGUUGAAUCACUGAAGUGUUCGGCUCUUUCAUUUAUUGCCAGUCACCUUCUCAAAUAAAUUGUCAAAUUAUUGUUAAAAGUUAUUAAUUAAUUUACUGCUGUUUAACUUUAUUCAUUUAUAUCAAACCUUGUUAUCAAUUAAAAAUGUAAAUUUAAAAUACUUUAUCCAUGCAAGGGAUGUUCGUAAAGUAGGUUUUAUAAUAAAACCAGCACAGGUACGGUAAAAUAAGCAAAAAUCUACCAUUCGCACGUGGUUCUCCAGACAUUUGUCAUAGAGUGGUACAAGUUUUCUCUAAACGCUUCGAAUAAUCUUGACACUUAUGCAUUGGACCACGGUUUUUUCGCUGUUACAUAUCUAACCAACAGGGAAUGGAUUCAGAUGCCGAUACAUAUGAAAGUGACUAGAAGCAUAGUCGAUAAAUUUCACUUGGUUUAGAUUCAAACAUGCGUUGUAAAGUACACACAACCAACAGCGAGAUUGAAAUGGCGUCAAGUUGUUUUUUGUAAUGACAGAACUUACUUUACAAAUAUACCUUUCUAAUUUCAUUUUUAUCACAUUUAAUUAAUUAAGAGAUAUAUUUGUGCAAAUUGAACAUUAAUGUUUUGUGUUUCAGUAUAAAGCUAUCCUAUUUCAGAAACUUUUGGGUUUAUUGUCAGUUUUAUAAUGCUUUUUUCAUUUCACUGGCAUUAGUGGUCUAUAAUUUCGAUGGUGAUCAAAAUUUAAACGAUAAAACUGGACAAUAAAAACCUACUUGUUAAGUACCAGUGACAAAGAUCUUUUAAACUUGCUUUGGGUCGGUAUUAUAAAAGUUUUGUUCCAACAGACGUUAUUCAACCGCACGUCGAAACUUCACGAAUGGUUAACAUCGGUUCGGUAUUUUAACGCAUUUGCAACCAUCCGUUGGCCAACCGGAGCUUUGUGCUGAAAAAUUUGCGUUGGCUGCACUUAGAGUUCAAUUGUAACCAUCAAAUCCGAGUGAACUGACGUUUGCUGGGGAGGGUGUGUCAGUCAAAGGUCGAAGUAUAAUUUUGUUUAAAAUUUCCACGUGUAGUUUCAAUAUUAUACAAAUUUGAAAAGAUUAAUUGCAAAGGAAAAAGAAAAACAGAAUAUCAGUUGAAUUAUCAUUACUAUUAUCUUUCCAAAUAAUAUAUAAGUAAAGCAAAGUAAACAAAAAUUGAGGUUAGAAAGUACCUUUCAACUCUCGGUUGACACUUCAAACUGAACCUUCGUUACGGUUGAAACAACCGACAGUCAACACCUUUGACCCCUGGCUAACGUUUAUAAUACGUAAAUUCGGCUUCAACAAACAAUUGAAUCUCAACUUAUGGUCAUCCGGACUUUAUAAUACCGAUCCUUAAUCAAAUUUGAAGCUUGCAUUUCAACUCUGUAAAAAUUUGCAUAUUAAUUAUGAGAAGUUUAUCGUAUUACAUGAGGCAUACAUUUUCAGAAAAUUUGGGAUUGAAAAUAUUUUGUGUAACAUAGGAAUAUCAAUUUAAAAUCUUUAACGCAGUUAGUGCAAGUUUCGUCACGAUACAUAACGAAGUGUGUCUAAAAGAUUUGCUGAAUGGUAGUAGAAAAGAAACAAAAUAAACAAUUAGAUUUAUUGGCCUUCAAAGUAAUCGGCAUUGUUCACAUCACACUUUUGGGAUACGCUCGUAAAACGUACCCUUAUUGAAACUUUCGGGCGAGCAAAAUCUACAAGAUGCCUGGUCAGGGGAGUACGGUGGAAAAUCGGGAACAGUUAAGCCAUGUUGAACCAAGAAAUUACGCACGCGGAUUACAGCCAGUUUAGCAAGACCCACAAGCCCGCCCUGCUCAACUAUAGCCGAAUAUGACUGAUGCUUCGUAGCGACCGUUAAAAAAUAUUCUCAUAGGAUAUGGCGUUCAUGGUUUGACUUACAACAAAUUUUUAGACGCACCUCGUAUAAUAAACCUCACUGUUCCACUGGAUUACAAUUAUUCCUAUUUUGCUGUUGUUUAGUUAUUAGCAUUUAAAUGGAACAGUAUGGAAACAAGUUCAGGAAAGACUAAGGUCGAAUCCACACAAUUAACAAUGUUCUGUAUGUGAAAGUAUCACUCAAAUGAGUUAAAUUUCAAAAAAUGGUAAUUGCUUGUGCCAUAUUUGUUUGAAAUUAUAAUAGACUCUAGAAUAAUUCCAUUUUGUUCUAAAUAACCUCAAAGAAAUAGAUCAAGAAAUAAUUCUAUCAUUAAAAUUAUUUUUCAACCUUAUUUUAUUAUGAACUGAUUCGCAGUCUUCCUUAAAUAUUAGAUUAAUCUGUAAAUCGUUUUUUUAACCAACUUCGUUUUGAUUUUGGAUCAUAAUUUCACAAAACUCAAUCCUUUUGAAAUUGUUCUCAGAUUAGUUCCUGGGUUGUUGGAAUUUUGAAGCAACGGUCACCAUUUUUUCAUCUUUGGUAUAAUAUCUUAGCAUAUGGUGUAGUAAAAGUUACAAAAUACAAAUCAUCACAGAUACACACCCAUUACACAAAUGUGAAGUUGGGCUCCAGUGGAAUUUAUAGUAAAUUUCUCUCGAAACACAUUGUAAUUAAUUUGGUAAAAUAUUUUAUAUUGAUAUUCCCAUAUUUUCCAAUGCUUUAUAGUUAAAUACGUUAAAUAGUUGAAUAUGAAAGUAAACUUUUACCAAUUAUACCAGUAAUUUGCAAAACUUUAUCAUUUGAUGAGUAGAGAAUUUUUUGAACACAUUUAUUUGAAUAUGUUCCAUAUUGUUAUUUUUUUUUGUUAUGUUUGCAUAUCGUUUAUAAAAUGUAGAAAAACAUUCUAAAUAAAGAAUUUUGUUUAUAAAACGGAAAACUACAUGCAAAUUCAAAAAUCAAAUCUUUAUUUUACUUUCAAUAGUAUCGUAAAAAAUAUAUAUUUUUAUACGACUAAAAUAUUCCACACAUUCAAUACCAGUUGGAAUAUUUAUUGUUACAACCCAAUCCACAUCACAAAACCAAAUUUCUUAUAAUUACAUAAGCAGUAAACAUUUAUUCCCAUAUAUGAAUGCUAGUUAUAAAGGGUGUUCAGAAAGUCUUCUGUCAAACGCAAACUACAUCUUUGAAAUAGACGCUGUUUUGUCAGUUUUUAAGCAUAAAUAAAAAUAUAUAUAUAUAUAUAUAUAUAUAUAUAUAUAUAUAUAUAUAUAUAUAUAUAUAUAUAUAUAUAUAUAUAUAUAUAUAUAUAUAUAAUUUAAGCUUGCAGUGAUAAUUAGUAAUACAAUCCCGCGUUUUUAUACCCGUCAGAAGCAUUAAACGUAAUAGGGAUAACGGAUAAAUUUUGUUUCAUCAAUUUUUUUACAGUAAAUUGAUGAACGGUUCCAUAUUUCCCCAGAACUUCUUCAUACUCUUCAUGCCUAAAAAUAGUGUCCUUUAUUUUUAAAUCUUUCUCAAUGAUUCCAAGUAUAUAUAGAAAAUAAAGCAUAAAGGGUAAACAACUUCCAGAGGAUCAUGGGUAGUUGAGUAACGAAAUUAGGCCGAUUUGGAUUUGGCGGAUUUUGGAACUAAAAAUGUCGUAACUGCCUUUCGACUUGGCGGAUAUUGCAACUAACCUCAACUCUGACCUCAAAAUACACUAGGAUGUGGCGGGAUUUGCUAGAAAAUAACAGUUAUACUGAACUCAGCAUGGAAAAAUCUAUAAGAAACAAUAUCAAACUCAACUUCGCAAUAAUAUGGACUUUUUAGUAUUUGAUUUUAGGCACCUCAAAUAUAAAGCAGAAGCUUGAUAGUAAACAAUUAUAUUACUACAGUCUUAUACAAUGUAAAGUUUGUAUCUAGCUGUUAUUAUGCCUCACAGAGUCAUCCUCAAAGGGUACUAGUAUUCCCUUUUUGAAAUGGACAUAAAAUCACUUCUAAUAGUUAACGUUUAGCAAUAGAGUUUCUGAACAACUUGUCUAGAUUUAUUCUCGAGCAUUAGAGAUAAAAAUAUUUAAAACAUUUAGUGAGAACUACCUACAGGCUGAUCUUAGAUUUAUAAAUGCUACACAAAAUUCACAUUUGAGUAAUUUUGUCUGUGAUUACAUCUAUUAUAACGACUGCUGAAUAUUUUUUUUGUUGGUGUUUAUAAACUGACUAGAGCUAUUCUGAUAUGUUCACUUUAAACAAAACUUUUUCUAAUAUGUUUUUAUUGAUCCGACAAAGUUUUCACAAAUGCAGCAUAUGGGAAUUUAACGAAAAUUUUCCAGUAUUUCUAGAUGUAAGAAAGAUAAUUUAGAACAGAGAAGAUGAUAGGACUGCAAUUAUUUUAAAAUCAUAUAUAUGUGGAUCGGUACAGAAAACAUUUACUAUUUUUAAAUAUUUAUCAUAAAAAGUGGUAAAUAGUACCUUUUUCAUAAUGGAGGACAUUAAGUAUUUCGAAUAAUAUUUUCAUUUCAUUAUUGCAUUGCAAAGUUACGACUCAAGUACUAAUGUAAUACAAUAAAAUUUCAAACCAACACGUUCCUCUGAUACUAAUUUGUUUUCAGUUUUUAUACCUAGAGUUGUUUAUAUUGAAUGUAUAUAGAUAGCGUUAGUUUUAUGAAAUGCAUUUUUAUAUUGUAUAAAUUUCAAUAAACAACGUUUCUAAUGUUGGAUAAUUAUAUAUAAAUAUAUUUGUACAUGUAUAUAUAAAAAGUUUUUCAGUGGAAAUAAUGAAAAUCAUCUAAUAGUAACUUGCUCUCAACAAUAUUUCCAACAAAUGAUAUUUAUAGUUAAUAAAUUAUAAAAAUUAUAAUUCGAUAGAUUAUGUGGUCAUAUACUUGCAAUAAUUGUCGAUCUUUUCUUAAUUCUACACAAUAGGCGUGAAACUACUCGAAUUCAAAAUAAUAGGAUUGCUUCGAUUCAUUCCCAUAUAAAAAUUAAACCAAUAGCACUAGUUAACAUGGUUUUUAUACCCUUGCAGAUAGUUAGUAUUGUUUAUUCAAAUGAAAGUUAGCCAGAAACAAUAAUAAAAAUGUCCUGUCACGUCUUGUUUCAGAAUGAAUAUGAAGUGUAGAUGUAAGGAGAAACAUUUCAAUGUAUUAAAAUUUUCUUAAUAAUAAAAAUUGACGUCUAUAAUUGAUCCCUGGGUUGUUCGAUAUAUUCGAAGAAACUAAAACUGUUUCAAGAUUUAGAGACAUUUGCUUGGAUAUUAAGUAAUAUAGUCUUUUAUUGACUUUCAUAAAUAAUUUUUCUACUGAUAAAGACAACAUAAUACUUUUCAUUUAAAUAACCAAAAGUUUUACUAGUUUACACCUUUUGAAUAUCCCGAAACAUGUUUAUAAAUGUGUCAACCUACUUUUCUUAAAUUUAAAAGUGUAAGUAGAAAUACUCCAUUACGUUAUAUGUUUUUCUUCAACGAAAUAUUUUUUUCAACUACCCUAUAUGGUGACUUGAGUCUAUUCGUCAAUUCUUACUCAACGUUCAAGUAGAAAGUGCAAAUAAAUCGUUUUUGUUAUAUUUUUGGAUAAUUUAUAUUUUCAAAGAAAAGACCUAUUGUUGAUCCUUUAAAAAGUGCAUAUUUUCAUUAUUUUGGAUAUUUUAUUGCAUAGAUGAAAAGUGGAUACCCAUGUGCUUGUGAAAUCCAUUUGUUUCACUAAUGAAGAGAAAUAACUAUUACAUUUGUUUGAUGAAAACUGUAAGAUAAAAUACAAAAAAUAAGUCAAGUAUUCUCUGUUAUUGAGUCAAUUUUCCAUCUAAAAGAUCUUCCAAAACCAGUAUGUACUGAUAAUUCCAGUCAGAAUAUAUUAGAAGAUGGCAUUGAGAAGUGAUUUCGAAGAUAAAUUAAAUUCAUAGUUAAAGAGUUUUUGAGAAAUAAAAAAAAUGAAAAUUAUAAAGAUGUUGUAUUGAAGAUUGGCUGACUUAUUGAAAAUUUGAAUUUUUUUCCUGAUUACUUCGUAUGUAUGUAAAUAUGAUUGAUGAACAUGUGGAUUGAUUUCAUCAAGAUUUAAAGAUUUUUUUCAUCAGGGAUUGUGGGACGAAAAUAUGUUAGGGGAUUACUAUUGGUAUACAAUAAAAGAAACUGGUCCAAAAGCUAAAAAGCAAACAGCAAAUUAUUGUUCGAAUUCUCACCAAAGUAGCGCUAUUGUAGUCAACGGAAAUUAUAUAAAUUUAGCAAAAAAUUAAUAUUUUAUUAACUAGUGUAUUUGAGAGUGAACUUUCGAUUCGAUCAAUCAAUGAUUGAUGUUUUUUUUUCAAUAUCAGAAGAUAUACUAUAAAAGGAUAUUAUAUUUUUUUCCUACAGAGAACUGUACUCAUUCAAAGGCAAUAGAAUUAAUGCCACUUCAUGUUAAAUGAUGUCUUCUAAUCUCUAUUGAGGUCGAGUCACAUCAACUCAUGUAUAUUUCGGUGAAUCGACACACAGUUUUUGAUUAUCGAAAAAUUAUGCUGGCCGUAAAAACUGAGGACAUCAAUAUUAACAAUAUCUUCAGUAUUUUCAUUUCUUCAUCAGUAUAUGUUUUCUUAUUUACUCACAUAACUCGAUAUCUUAUCUAUUCCAUAAUAAAUAAUUGCAUAAUCAUAAUUAAUAAAUGGAUAAUAUUUGUUCAGUUGUUAUACGUAAUAGGAACCCAAUUCACAGUUUAAAUUGUUUCCAUAUAUUUUCAUUUUGUUCUGUAUAUUAUUUCUACAUGUAUAUCGUAGAAAACAAAAAUAAUUGGUGGCUAAGUAGGUGAAGCCUACAGAUGUCUUUGGUUCGAUUUUCUAAUUUUCCGAAUAUUUACUAUGAAUCAUGUAGUUUGACUAAAAUAAUGAAUAUAUUUUUCGUACAAAGGAUAAAAAAAAUUUCCAAAUAAUUAUAUUUCAAUAUUCCUGUAAAGAGAUUCUUUAUUUGUUGCGGUAUAUGGAAUUAUCUUUUCAAUUUUUUUGCAGAGCGAGUACUGAUUAUAUAAUUAUAUUAUUUCUCACUGACCUGUACCUAUUUCUAUAAUUUUUUUAUACAGCAAUUCUACAAACAUUUAUCAUGCUUUUAAUAAGGAUUAAUACAGUUUUUAUCACAAACUUAAAGUACUAGUUGCAUAUUAUCGUUAAUGCAAUUUAGCAUGUUUUUAAAACUUUAACAAAUCUGUAAUUUGAGAUAAUUCUAAAUAGUUUGUUAAAAAAUUAGUUCAAUUAUUACUACUUGUGAUUAUGCUGGAAAAAUAAACUAUGAGCUUCAAAUCUAUUUUUCUAAAUUAGUAGUAAAUUCGAAGGAUUGGUGAUAUCACAUUGAUUGGUUUUUGGCUUACUUUUUCUGUUUAUAAAUGUUUCCAAAUUCCAAUUUAACAAAGUUAUUGAACCUAUAAACCUGAAUCAAAAGCGGCAGUAGAAAUAUAAUCAAUUUUCUUCGUAAUCGGAAGACGAAUUGAACAUAUUGUAGUAAUUUGUUUCAAGCACAUGACUAUUGUAGAACAAGCAAGACAACAGCAACAAAUCACAUUAAUAUAUUAAAUAUUUUAAUAUAAAACAAUGUUUUUCAAUAACAUUAAUUAUAUAUAAAUAAUAUUAAAUAUUCCAGCUAAAAUCGUUUUCAUUCAGUGACAUAUUUCAUUAUCUUGAUCAUAAUGUUUUUAUCUGAGGAAAUUAAUCGAGAAUAUAAUAUCUUAAUUAUUUGAGUAAUUGAAUGAUUUCACUUAUUUUUGAAAUGAUAGUUAUUUUGAUAAGAUUUUGUUAAGAGUCCAAUUCUAUAAUAAAAUUAUUGUCCUCAGACAAUUCAAUUACAUAAUGAUAUUUGAUAAUAUCGAUAAUUGAUUAUUUUUCUGCCAAAUGCACUAAUACGAUAAAUUAUAUGUAAAUAAUAAAAAGAAAAUGCAUAAUGAUACUCUUCAAAUUAAAAUGUUUUCGAUUGUGUGAAUUACAGUAGAACUUCAUUAUGUGGUUCGUAUUUGCAAAAUAACACAAACGUUUACGUUUGAAUUUUAGGUCCUACUAGCAAAUCUGGAUUGACAUUGAAGUUCUACGGUAAAAUAUGGUUCAUUACACGUCUAGAAAUGGAUUUUUCGGUGCUCACAUAACUUCUCGUGUGAAGCGCGCACGACAAAAUCCUUAUUUCCAGAUCUCUAAUGAAAUAUACUAUUUUGUUCAUAUUACAUAACUUUGGGAACUUACAUAAAUUUGCAUUUUCCCCAUAAAAUGGUCGGUUUUUUUGAAUGCAAAGAUGGUAUAACUUUUAUUUCGAUUUAUAUGACCAGAUUUCAAUAACAAAAAUUUUGUUAAUCCCAACAAGACAUUACAUAUUUGCUAUUUUUUCUUUGUUUAUGCAACUAAAUAUAAUUUCAUAUGUUAUUAUUAGAUAUUUUGAAAUUAGUAACGCUUGUAAAGCUGUGAUAAAGUCCUUAUCUACAUUUUAGUAUGAUAUUGACUUCGUUCAGAUGGAAGUACUAUCAUAUUGUUUUUGUUUUAUUGUUUUUAGAAAUUGAGAAUAUAGAUUAUAGGUAGUCUCCAGCUAUUGUAGUAAGAGACCUUGUCACUGUACAAAGGUAGAUUAUAUUAACAUCAUGUUGUUUAAAAAAAUGAAUAAAAUGUUCAAAAUUAUUAUUUUUUCAUUAAUAAUUUAUCCUAUAACAUGAAACCAUUGAGUUUCAUUAGAUGUAACAACGUUUACCAAUCUGUUUGAUUUUUUUUAAUAAACACUGUUGAAAAAAGUUCCAUUAUUCUAUUUCUAUUUUAUUUAAACGUUAAUCUUGUUCUUCAUCCUACGUUAGGACUGUGUUUGCAUUAAUGGUUGCCUAACUGCAGCUGGGAUGAUGAAGACCAGCUUUCAUACCAUCCUGUAGGUGGUCGGGAUGUAUUCGGUUUUUCUUCCUUUGCAAUCUUAGCCAACCUGUCAUCUGACAUUCUGUCCAUGUAGUCUCUCCAUUUCCUUAUUUUAUCAUUUCUCUCCAGGUAAAAUAAUCUCAGCGUUCGCAUUUAAGUAGUUCUUAAAAGCCGCUUAGUUAUGGUAUUCCCUGCUCUGGUCUCUAUCGCGUAUGUCAUUACUGGUCUCACACAGGUCUUAUAUAUUCUGACUUUGCUCCUGGUAGUCACUUUAAAUCAUUAACCCUCAUUUUGGUGU